UGUCUAUUAUAAUAUAUGUAAAAUAAUUAAACAAUUAAAAAUGAGCUGCUAUGGGUGUAGCCGAAAAUAUGGGAUUUUCUGUAAAGAGAAUGGCUGUCCAAAUUGUGGCUAUUCCUAUUGCAGCAAGUGUCUUAAAAGACCCAUGCCAGUUCCACGCUAUGCAGGGAAGGUAAUGAAUGUUUGUCUAAUCUGCUACGAUAAGCUGUCCAAGCUGCAGGCCAAUGCGGAUGCCGAGAAGGUAAUCGACUGUGAAGCUCUUCCCGGCGAAUUGGUUACCAACAUACGUUUGCCAGCUCCACCCAAAAGUCCCACAGAAUUGCAGCAGCAGCUGGAGGCAGCCGAUGCCAUUUUUGACAAUAUUUUGCCAUCCGAAGAGCUGGCCGCUGUGCUGGCACCAACUAGUUCCAGUGCCAAUACAGCUGGUAAUCCACAUUCCAUCACCAAUGCCGAGGAUAUUAAUGAGAAUCUUGAUAGCGCCAUAACGAAACGUUUGCAAAAUCUCAAAACUGUCGAGCCCACUGGCGCGGACACGGAUGAUGAGAUACGUGAUCGUUUGUCCAAUUUGAGUGGCAUGCCGCAUCAAAAGAACUAUGACAAAAAAGAUUUGCUACUAUCGACAGACCAAAGAAGUGAUCAGGAUAAAAUCAAGGAUCUAUUAGAGCAAUUUAUGGGUGAAACCCAAUUGGAUCAGCGUGUAAGCGAAGAGCGGAGUGAUCCAAUUUCUGAUAUUGAGCGACGUUUACGUGCACUACGUGAUGCGCCCAUUGAGGAAGGUGCUCCAACCACAAAAGCAUCCGAUUUGAAUACUCCAAGUGAUAAUGAGGAUGACGAGAAUGACGAAACCGUGCUGCAGAAUAUCAUGAAAAAGUAUGUGGCGGAAUCCCGCUUACCGGCUACUGAUGCCCCAGAAGUUGCAAUUCCAACCACCAGCAAUGCUGCCACUAGCGGUUCCAUUACCGAGGAGCUACCAUGGUGCAAUGUAUGCAAUGAGGAUGCUGUCUUCCGUUGUCUGGGCUGUGAUGGUGAAUUAUUUUGUGCACAAUGCUUUCGCGAGUGUCACGACGAUGAUGAGGAGUAUCGAGAUCAUGUCAAAGAAAAGUAUAGUGCUCCGCCCAAUUUUAAGGAAAAUCAUUUCUAACCAAAUAUCUAUUUAUGUCUGUUUAGUUGACUCAUUGUAUCUAAUUCCUUCUAACUAUUUUCCAAUUCUCAAAAUUCUAUAUCUAUGACCAUAUACUCUCCUUAUAUAUGUAUGUAUAUAUAU